GUUUUCUUUCUUUAUAGGAUCCCAAACCCUCACCACUCCCUUUCCCUCUUUUCUAGUUUUCUUUACCCUACAGCUACAAUCCCACUACUUUCCCAUUUCUCGAUCCUAUAACAAAAUCCCACUACAUAUACAUUACUCUUCCUCUUCCUCACUUGAUCUCACUUGAUACUAUGAGAUAUAGUAAACACUGUAAAUAUUGCCAGUGAUUAAUGGCUACUGUUCGGAAGCUUAUAGUUGAGGUGGUUGACGCACGCGAUCUUCCGCCGAAAGACGGCCACGGCACGGUGAGUCCAUACGUUGUGGUAGACUACUAUGGCCAGCGAAGACGGACACAAACUGUGAUCAAGGACCUGAACCCUAAAUGGAACGAGCUGCUCGAGUUCAACGUCGGCAAGGCCUCCGAAGCCACCGUGUUCGGGGAUGUGCUGGAGCUCGACGUCUAUCAUGAUAAAAACCACGGCCCCACCACCCGGAACAACUUCCUCGGCCGGCUCCGGCUGACUUCCUCUCAGUUUGUGAAGAAAGGCGAGGAGGCUCUUAUAUAUUUUCCUUUGCAGAAGAAGAGCCUCUUCAGUUUUAUUCAAGGCGACAUUGGCCUAAAGAUUUAUUACCUAGAUGAGCCUCCUCAACCUCCUCCGCCGCCGCCGGAGGAACCCAAGCCUGCUAAGACAGUUCCGCCUCCACCGCCGGAGGAAACUAAACCUGCUGAAGCUACGCCGCCUCCACCGCCGGAGGAGGCCGCACCACCACCCCCGGAAUCUGAGAAGAAAGAAGAAGAAGCGCCACCGGUAACCGAGCAGCCGCCGCCGUCGGAAAGUGAGAAGCCUGCUGAAGAACCACCGGCUGAGGCGGCAGGGAAACCACCGGAAACCGCAGCUGCUGAAGUUGGAGAAUCCGAUCAGCCACCGCCACCGCCACCACCAGAAAUUUCAGGCGAUGUACCAGUGCCGGAUCAGCAUGAACAUAUUGAAAUGAUGGCAGCUUCUUCAGUAUCGAAAUUAGUGCCGGAAAUCAAGUUCGUCGGAGGAAUCAACGGUCCACAGCCAAUGGCUCGGCGGCCUUCUGGAGUCCCCAGCUACACACAGCUGGAGCCAACCGAAAGUAUGUCAAUCGAUGGUCCGACGUCGUUUGAUCUGGUGGAGAAGAUGCACUACCUCUUCGUCCGAGUGGUCAAGGCCCGCUACCUCCCCGCCAACGGCAGACCCGUCGUGAAGAUCUCCGCUUCCAACUACCACGUGACGUCAACUCCCGCCAGAAAAACCAACUGCUUCGAGUGGGACCAGACCUUCGCUUUCGGCCGCCAGUCGCCGGACUCCUCUUCCAUCCUCGAAGUCUCAGUGUGGGAUCCGCCCGUCCCCGACCCCACCGGCAUGGCCUCCGGGCACAACUUUCUCGGCGGAGUUUGUUUCGAUGUGGCCGAGAUCCCGCUGCGGGACCCGCCGGACAGUCCCUUGGCCCCGCAAUGGUACAGACUCGAGGGGGGCGGGUCCCGCAUCAACGGUGAUCUGAUGCUCGCCACGUGGAUGGGAACCCAAGCGGACGAGUCGUUUCCCGACGCGUGGAAGACCGAUACCUCGGGAAACCCUAAUGCACGCGCGAAGGUGUACCAGUCGCCGAAGCUCUGGUAUCUCCGAGCAACCGUGCUCGAAGCGCAAGACGUUGUCCCCAUAACGGCGUCGUUAAAGGAAGCCACAUUCCAAGUCAAAGCCCAGCUCGGGUUCCAGUCUUUCAAGACCGAACCAUCCCUCACUCGAAACGGCACGCCGUCUUGGAACCAGGACUUGAUAUUCGUGGCCGCCGAGCCGUUCACCGAUCACUUGGUUUUCGUGCUGGAGAACCGGCAACCGAAAGGGACGGUCACAUUGGGCUUUGCGAAGAUACCACUCACCGCCAUUGAACGGCGUGUCGACGACCGGAAAGUUGCGUCGAAAUGGAUCAGCUUGGAGGAUCCAAAAGACGAGAAGAGGGUGUACAGCGGAAGAAUGCACGUCCGGAUUUGCUUCGACGGGGGAUAUCACGUGAUGGAUGAAGCGGCGCACGUGUGCAGUGACUACCGCCCCACGGCGAGGCAGCUGUGGAAGACUCCGGUUGGCACCAUCGAGCUUGGUAUUAUUGGGUGCAAGAACUUGAUACCGGUCAAGACGGUAAACGGUAAAGGAUGUACAGACGCGUAUUGUGUUGCUAAGUAUGGGUCAAAGUGGGUACGUACGCGGACCGUAUGCGAUAGCUUGGAGCCCAAGUGGAACGAGCAGUACACUUUCAGGGUGUUUGAUCCUUGUACAGUGUUGAGUAUUGGUGUUUUUGAUAGCAAUGGAGUCUUCGAAACCGACGGCCCGAGGGAAGCCACGCGUCUGGACUUUCGAAUUGGGAAGGUACGUGUACGUAUAUCGACUUUGACUACGGGUAAAGUGUACAAGCAUACGUAUCCGUUGUUGGUCUUGUCUCCGGCCGGAUUGAAGAAAAUGGGUGAGGUGGAGAUUGCCAUACGCUUUGCUCGUGUGAGUCCAACCUUGGAUUUGGUCCACGCGUACUCGCAGCCUCUAUUGCCGUUGAUGCACCACAUAAAGCCACUAGGAGUGGGGCAACAAGACAUGCUGAGACGAGCGGCGGUUAAGAUCGUGGCCGCACACUUAUCACGAUCGGAACCGCCGCUCGGCCGUGAGACUGUUCUCUACAUGUUGGAUGCGGAUUCACACGGGUUUAGCAUGAGGAAAGUUCGGGCCAAUUAUUUCCGGAUCAUCAAUGUCGUAGCGGGGGUGAUGGACAUUGUUGGGUGGAUAAAUGACACGCGUUCGUGGAAGAAUCCGAUGGCUACUAUUCUGGUGCACGCAUUGUUGGUGCUGCUUGUGUGGUUUCCUGAUUUGAUAAUCCCAACUUUGUUGUUCUACGUGUUCGCAAUCGGAGCUUGGAACUAUAGGUUCCGUUCUCGAGUCCCACUUCAACACUUUGAUCCAAAGCUCUCAUUGGCUGAUACAGUUGACCGUGAUGAACUUGACGAGGAGAUCGAUAUGGUGCCAAGCACCAGAUCAUAUGAGGUAGUACGGGCAAGGUACGACAAGCUACGGACGCUUGGGGCACGUGUGCAGACGGUACUGGGGGAUUUUGCCACGCAAGGAGAGCGCGUGCAGGCGUUGGUGACGUGGCGUGAUCCACGUGCGACGGGGAUUUUUGUUGGACUGUGCUUUGUGGUAGCGAUGAUAUUGUACUUGGUUCCGUCGAAGAUGGUGGCAAUGGCCUUCGGGUUCUAUUAUCUGCGCCAUCCGAUCUUUCGCGACCGAACGCCGUCGCCGGCUUUGAACUUUCUGCGGAGGCUUCCUUCACUGUCGGAUCAACUCUUGUAGAAGAUACAUGGUUGAUUAAAAUUCAGAAGCUGAGAUCUGCUUUACAAUAAUGAUUGUUUCAGGAAGCACAUAACCGAUCAGGUUUUAAAUUAAGCUUCUAGUUUAUUUAGUAAUUUUGGGUAAGCAGUUUGUAUUUAGGGAAGAGAACUCAAGAUAAAACAAAUAUGUAGUUCUUGUAAAAUAUGGAAUGCGUUUUUGAUUAGCAGCA